AUGCCGGCGCGUUCCGAGGCCGCGACGGCGGGCGCGCGCGAAGAGUACGUCGUCGGACUGUCCGGAGGCGUCGACAGCGCCGUCGCCGCGUGGGCGCUCGAGCGGUGCGGCGCGCGCGCGACGGCGACGCUCAUGAGAAACUGGGACGCCCGGGACGAGGACGCGGCGACGGAUUGCUCGCACAGGGACGACCUGAAGUCGGCGAGAGCGAUCGCAGAAAAAUUGAAUCUGAGAUUUAUCGAAAGCGAUUUCACGAGAGAGUACUGGCACGAGGUGUUCGAACCGUACGUCGAGGCGUUCGAGAGCGGGGCGACGCCGAACCCGGAUUUGGAGUGUAACCGCCGCGUAAAGUUUGGCGCGUUGUUGAGACGGGCGAUGGAGGAUUUGGGAGGGCGGUAUCUCGCCACCGGGCACUACGCGAGGAUCGAUCGAGACGUCGACGAGGGCGCGCCGCCGCGGUUACUGCGAGGGAUCGAUCAGACGAAGGAUCAGUCGUACUUUUUGGCGUCGGUGCGCGGCGAGGCGUUGCGAAGCGCGUGCUUUCCGCUCGGCGCGGUGUUCAAGUCAGAGACGCGCGAGGCGGCGCGGAUUCUCGGGUUCGAUUGCGCCGAUAGACGAUCGAGCGCGGGGAUCUGUUUCAUCGGUCGCAGGCCGUUCGGGGAGUUUAUCGGUGAGUACAUCACGCCAAGCGAGGGCGCGUUCGUGGACGCGGAGACGGCGCGUCCGGUGCCGGGCGCGGCGCCGCAUCGAGGAUUGGCGUCGUACACCGUCGGACAGCGCGCAAAAAUAGGCGGUGCGCCAAAACCUUGGUUUGUCGUCGGGAAGAACGUCGCCGCAAACGUCGUGUACGUCGCAAAAGGUGCUGAGCACGACGCGUUGUAUUCCACUCGCGCCGCGUUGGCGGAUGAGUUUUGGAUUUCCAAUCGACGGCCUACGAGCGACGACGGAUCGAGUUCCGUUCGCCUGCUCGCGAAAACGCGCUACGCCUCGUUUUCUUCCUCGUUCGUCCCGCGCGUCGAAUCGUCGCCGCUCCGCGCGACGUUCGACCGUCCCGAACGCGCCGUCACCCCAGGUCAGGCUUUGGUGCUCUACGACGGCGACGUGUGCUUGGGCGGUGGCGUCAUCGAACACGUCGGCGUAACCGAGUUCGAGGCGCGCGCCGCGUCUUAG